AUGUCUAUCUCUGAGGACCGUUCGUCUAUCUCUGAACACCACCACCACCAUCACGACGUCGCUCAUGGGCGAAGUCAUGACUACGCGGAGGCCAACAAAGCCUAUUUCAACUCUUCAGAUCUUGCCACUGAGCUUGCUGAUCACCCGGUUUUUGUCGAGUUUGCGAACACCGUCGGGGCAGCCUUGCGCGACACGUAUCCGUUUGACCCAAACAGUAGUACCGCUCUUGACUUUGCCUGUGGGACUGGUCUCAGCACUCGUUCCUACGCCCCGUAUGUAAAAUCCGUGCUCGGGGUCGACAUUAGUCAGAAGAUGCUGGAUCAAUACAUCAGGCAAGCUCAUGCCAAAGGUCUCGCUGAUAAGAUGUCUUGUGUCUGCACCGAGCUGAAAGGCGUGGAAGGCGAGUUAGACGGCGCCAAAUUCGACGUUGUCACUUGUGUCAUGGCAUAUCAUCACUUUGGAUCUGUUACAGAAAUCACCUCGAUACUCGUACGCUUCCUCAAACCUAAUGGAAUGCUGGUCGUAGUGGAUAUUGAAGCUCCAAGUAUUCCUGGCAAAGCUCCUACAGAUGUCAAUAGUUUAGUUGUCGAGGGAUUGCAAGAUCUUGGCCACGUCGCCCACAAACGUGGAUUCAAGGUUACGGAAAUGAAGGAGUUGUUCGAAGGGGCGGGAUUGGUUUCCUUCGAUAUGAAACACCUUACGCAUGUGAAAGUGGAGGGCAAGUUUGAAGUUGACACGUUUUUGGCCGUAGGGUUUAGGCCGGUUGAAAAGUAA